AUGGUGAUGGUCGAGAUUGGUGGCAUUCCUGUCGACUUUCCAUUCAUACCAUACAAUUCACAGAUUAUUUAUAUGGAGAAGGUGAUGUUAGCACUUACAUUGAAACAGAAUGCCAUUCUUGAAAGCCCUACAGGCACUGGCAAGACACUCUGUCUUCUCUGCGCGACAUUAGCAUGGCGUCAACACCGGCAAAAAAUACUUAGCCAAACUGCUGUACGAGAUGCGAAUAAACGUCCUGAAGGCUUGUCAUUGGCGUACGAAGGCAACAGCAGCGACAGUGAGGCACUACAGCUCCCAAGGAUCAUUUAUUCGUCACGAACCCAUUCGCAGCUGAAACAGGUGGUACAGGAGCUCAAGAAUACGUCGUACCGUCCGAAUAUCGCGGUCCUUGGAUCUCGAGAGCAUUUAUGCGUGAAUGAAAAGGUGUCCAAGUUCCAGGGGAUAAAACAAAACCUUGCAUGUCGCUCGACCUGUAAAGACAGAAGAUGUAUGUACAAACUGGGCUUUGACUCAUAUGCGAAGCGGUUAAAGCAGCAAGCAGAGCCAAUUAUGGACAUUGAAGAGCUUGUGACUACAAUGAAGGAGAAGACGAUAUGCCCGUUUUUUAUGACACGGUAUAUGAUGUGUGAAGCUGAGAUUGUUUUUGUGCCGUACAACUAUCUCAUUGACCCUUUGGCACGACAAUCGGUCGGUAUUUCCAUCGAAAACUCAAUACUGAUCUUUGACGAGGCACACAACGUGGAAUCGAUUGCAAGCGAAGCUGCGUCAUAUACUCUUUCAUCGAACGAUAUUUGUGGUUGCAUUUCAGAGGUUGACACGUUUAUGAAGGGGCUAUUGAACCAAAGUAUUCAGUUGAAUGCGGGAAGCAGUCUAACAAUCGAGUCGAUCCAAACGUUGCGAGCUCUAUUUAUGGAAAUUGACAGGGGGCUCAAUAAUUUUCCGGUGUCUUUGAGUGGAGGUUUUACAAAGCCGGGAGAGUACAUUUUUGAAUUCUUUGAGCAAUUCAAUGUAAAUUUUGAGACGUGCCCGCUUGUCUUAAGCAUGAUUGAGGAGAUUGUUGAAGUGGCGCACGGUGGCGAUGAUUCCCACAGAGCUGUAUCAAAACUUGAUACCAUGCUCUCGUUUUUGAGCACAAUCUUUUGGAGCAAAGAACAACAUCUGAUAUCAGCGAAAUACUAUCGAGUCCACAUCCAAGAAGUACGAGAAAGACUAGUAAAUACUGGCCGCCUGUAUAACGCUGAUCGGAAAAACAAGACUACUAACCGCGUUUUUAACUACUGGUGCUUCCAUCCUGGUGUUGCGUUCCGCGAAAUCUGUUCCAACCUUGUUCACAAUGUCAUCUUGACGAGUGGAACGCUUUCGCCACUGGAUACAACGGUCAACGAGCUUGGCAUCGAUUUUCCGGUGCGGUUAGAGAACAAUCACGUGGUCGACGCCGACCAAGUCUGGGUGGGUGUCGUGGGCACAGGCGUGACUGGAAAACGAUUGAAUUCCAGCUACAACUUCCGAUCAACAGAAACUUAUUUGUUGGAGCUAGGCAACACAAUUGUGAAUUUCACUCGUCUCGUCCCGCACGGCCUACUUAUCUUUUUCCCUUCCUACUCGAUUUUAGAAGAGAGCAUUGAUAAGUGGCGAGAACCUGCAUUGAGCGAGUCAUCUUUGUCAAUUUGGGAGAGAAUUGUCCAGCUUAAACAAACAUUUGUGGAGCCUCGAGGUCGGGCAGAGUUUAAAGCCGUGGUUGACGAAUACCACCAAAGUAUCACCGACAAUCCUAAAGGUGCAGUGUUUUUUGCCGUGUCGAGGGGAAAGGUAAGUGAAGGUAUUGACUUUUCAAAUGAUAAAGGUCGUGCUGUGGUCAUCACCGGCUUGCCCUUUCCACCUACAAAAGACCCAAAAAUUGUGUUGAAAAAGAGCAUUUUGGACGAAGCGGUAGUGCCACCAGGGGAACUGAAAUUGACGGGAAACGCAUGGUAUAUUCAACAAGCGUCGCGAGCAGUUAACCAAGCCAUCGGUCGUGUCAUUCGUCAUCGCCACGAUUACGGGGCUAUUAUACUGUUGGACGAAAGAUUUGCAUUGAAACAACAGCAGGAAUGCCUAUCAAAGUGGUUACAACCCUAUUGUCACAUAUUCAAAGGAUAUGGUGAAGCACAUAUUGGUUUAGCUCGCUUCUUUAAGCGCAACAAGGCAAGAGCGGUACCCGAGUCAUCUGGAAAGAAGCUUUUUCAGCAGCCAAAAUUGAUUGGAUUGUCCAAAAGAACGUUGUUAACAGCUUCCAAAGUAUUGUCCGACAGCGAAGGAGGUCAAACGAGUCUGCUGAUAAAUGCGUCACAACUGUCCAAUUCUCACCCUUCUAUUGGUGUUGGGCAAUCAUAUGUAAACCCACAACUUCUUCAACACCCACCAGAUCCAUUGGAGGCAGCAGAACCUAGAACGUGUGCUCUACCAGCUCCUGUAGCUUCUCAUCAGAAACGCUCGCUAGGGUCGCUGUUAAUGUCCACAUCUAAAUCAGCAAUGGUUGACAUGACGUCGUCAAUUUCUCGCCCAUUUACGGCGCCGAAGAUGGCGAGCAGUAAAAGCUUUGCUGGUUGCGCUAUCAUUGGUGAUGAUAACGAUGCAGAGUCGUUGCAGAAUGUAAAGCACCAGUUUAUGGCGAAUGUUGCUGUUGCGAAAGUAGACAAAUUUAGUGUGGAAACGUCUACAGCCGAAUUUCCUGCAGUGGUAAGAAAAGUGCUUCAACCUUCAGACGUGCCGAAACUGUACAGCUUCAUUCGACAGCUGCAGUCAGGUGAAGAAGUGGAUUCGUCACUUCGUGGGAUCUGCAAUCUACUCCGUGGUCCUGCUUGCAAAGAGCUACUGAAAUUGAUGCCGAAAGUGUUGAAUGGUACAAUGUGCGAACAGUUCAUUGAGGCGGCCAGGAGUCAUGGGCUAGAAGUAUCAGUACGUGAUAAAGCUCAACGAAGCUAUACUGAAGUGCGAGCGUCAGACAUGUCAACAUUAUUUGAACGACUUCAGCAAAAGAAGAGGAAGACUUCUCAUGGCAAUAUUAUAACAGGAGCUGUUGUUAAAGAUCCGCAAUGCUUUGUGUGCUACGAUAUCGCGCGGAAGGCAUAUGCGUCACCGCAAUGCGGUCAUAUUUGCUGCCAACCUUGUUGGAAAAAGAUGGAGAAGGACGGAUUUACAUCCUGCCCAGUGUGCAAGGUCCCAAUUAAACUACAACAGCUGAGCUUGAUUCGGGCAGCGAAAGAUUCCUCAGGUCGCAAUGCUUAA